AUGGAUAACCACGGCGAUAUGUACUACUGCACCGGCUGCACUGAUCCCUCCUGCUCCUCAAUCUCAUCCCUCCACUACUCGUUUCUAUCCCACGACUUGAGCAGUGGUGAGGUGGUUGAAGCAGGGCGGGAGAACCCUCCAGCUUCUUGGAAUCAUUUCCAAGCCGGCUGCAUGGGCACCGCCGCUGAUCCCUCCUGUAGCUCCUCCUCGUCCUGGGACUCGUUUCCAUCCGACAUGUGCAGCAUCGACAUGAUUGGUGCUGGAACGAGUCCUCGGCCCAAGAAGCGACCAGCCUCGGCUGCGCCGUCGUACAUCGGCGUGCGCGCGCGGACGUGGGGGCGGUUCGCGGCGGAGAUCCGGGACUCAACCCGGGGCGGCGCGCGUGUGUGGCUAGGCACCUUUGGCACCGCGGAGGCCGCCGCCAUGGCCUACGACCAGGCGGUGCUCUCCUCGCGCGGCGCGGCCACGGCGCUCAACUUCCCCCUGGAACGCGUCCAGGAGUCGCUCCAUGCCCUCGGCGCCACCGACUCAGGCGUGGCUGGCUCGCCAGUUCUGGCGCUCAAACGGCGCCACUCCAAGAGAAGAAGGCGCAGCAAGGCCGAGAUAGCGAACGAUGCGGCCACACGCCUGGGGAUGAAAAAGAAGAAGCGGUUCAUCGUGGAGCUGGAGGACCUCGGCGCCGACUACUUGGACGAGCUUCUCAUGAUUACGUGUAAUACGGCUUACUAG